UAGAUUAUACACGAUUGUUUACUUUUAGUAUACAUACCUACACGCCAUAUUUAUUUUGAAAAAAAUAAUAUAUUUCAAGAUAUCUAAGACUAAUAAAUGAAAACAUAACAAACACAAGUUAUUACUUAUUGUUAAACAAUCUGAAAUAUGGCAGAGUGUAGUUCGAAAAACGACGUAAAAAACCCUGAGGCGGCUAAUGUUUCUGGAAUUACAAUUAUAGAAGAUUGAGGCAAUACGAAGCCGGGUCAGCUAGUUAAACAAUAAAAAAGGUUUUAUUAUUAUUUUACAAAACAAUUCUAAAAUAAAGAUCGCCCAAUAAUGCAACUAUUCAAACGGUUAAUAAACUACACAAGUAUGAACUUAACGCUGACAAACAAACAAAUAAUUCAGAUAUUACAUAAAGAUUUUGAUAUUCACACUGGGACUCUUCAUAGCUUAACAGUGGACGUGUACGUAAAUAUAAUUAAAAAAUAUCUAAGAGAAUGGCCUGAAUGGGACGAGUUUGAUCAAAUAACUAAUUUACAAGCGGAAAAAUCACCUGAGUACGUUAAGAAGAUUUUGGAACGUAAGUAUGAGAAUAUAAAGUUGUAUUUGGGUGAGAUGUUGGAGAUUGCGAAGCCUCUUGCGAACGAAGCAGUGAAGGAAGUUCAAAAAGUUACCAAAGACAGCAACAAAAUGAAUGAAGUUAUGAUGGAAGUGUCCUGCUCGAGAGAUCAGCUGAACCAGUUAAUUCACAGGAACCCCCAAGCAGAGAACUCCACUGAUAUAUUCAACUUAACUGAAAAUAUACACAACCGUAUCAUACUACACAUGUGGGAUUUAGAAUCAAUAUUAAAAUUACAAGUUCAGAUAAAUAUAAAUUUACCGUGUAUAUCCUUUGUACGUGAAAUGAAACACGUACUCAAACAUGUUCUAGUCAACAAGAUGCACACUAAGCAUGUCUAUAAUAAAGAGGCUUUAAAUACUUCUCUGAUGGUCAGAAGUAACUCGGCCAAAAGAAAUUUAAAUAAAGCCUUCAUUAAUAGAUUGUUAACAGAUUUAAUGAUGUUUUAUAAGGACCACCCCGGUUAUUCCCUUUACAAAACCAUAUUUGAAUUAAUGCGGAAUGAGUUAGAUCUGAUACCGCUCCCAAUAGUUAACUCUUGUUCGUUCAGCAAGAUCUUAAAUCAAUAUGCCUAUGUCAGGUAUCUUUACACAGACGAGUGGGUCAGUGAUGAUAACAAAUAUGAUUUGCAAAUAGAGGAAACCCUUGUACCGAGGAUACAAAUAUCAUACAACAAGUACGGUUUCUUUGAACAUAAGAAUAUGCCCACAAAAGACUGGUUGAAGCUGAGGUGUGGUUAUUGUGAAGUAUUGUUCACUGGUCAAUCAAUUGAAGACACAAUCGUGGAGCACUAUAACAUAUACCACCAGAACGAGCCCGAUUGGUUUUGUACGAAUUGCAAGCACCGGUUUAACGUGAAACAAUUGGCCGAGAACAUGUGGUACCAUGACUGCUGAAUGGAGAAGCAAUUUCUGACAUUUUAAUUCUUGAAUAAAUUAAAAUGACAUUUGGUUGUCACACACACAAA